AUGGGUGUAUGUUUAUCAAAAAAACUAAAAAUGAACAAAUAAUAGAGCCCUGUCAAUAAGAAUUUGGAAAAAACUUUUUAAAAAACAAAGUAUUACUAAGAAAAAUACAUGAAAGAAGUUUUUGAUUCUGAAAAAUAGUGUGAAAUAAAAAUGGUAAAUGUCAAAACCUCACAGGUAAAUAUUUAACAAUUUUGAUAUAGUCCACAGAUGCAGCACUUAACAAUUCUUUUUUAAGAAGGAAAGCACUCUCAAAAAGUAGAAUCGGUUUAUCAACAAAUAGAAAAGGUGCUAUUCCUAUUCUUAAUACAAAGCAAGUUAGUUUUAAAGAUUCAUUUAAAUAAAAAUAUCAUAAAGUGAUAGGACUUUUAUUGUGUAAAUUUCAAUAUUAUUGUAGCCAACUCAAAUUUAAGUGUUGUACAGAAUAAUUAGAAUCAGUAAUUAGCUAUUUGUUAAUAGUUGAGAAAGAAUGAUGAAAAAGACUAAAGUUUUAUAAAGUGGUUAAAAGAAAAAAACAUAGUAAUUAACAUGAUUUAUUUAUUAGGAACACGAUAAUAUUGUAGGAGUUUAAGAAAUUUAAGUUGAUGAUCAAGAUUAUUAUAUAAUAUAUGAAUACUGGGUUGAUUAAUAAAUACAAAAUAAAACUGAAUUAGAAAAAGCCAUUCUUAUAAAUUAAAUGAUUGAAUCGAUUGAGUAUUUACAUGAUAAUGAUAUGAGACAUAGUGCAUUAACAUUAAAUAGUUUUAAAUUGAUUAACAAUAAACCAUUUGGAGUAUUAAAAUUAAUAGAAUUAAAUAAAGUACAUGAAUUAUCAGAAUUAUCUAUUGAAAGUUGGAAAUAUUUAUCUCCUGAGAGUCUUUCUGCUCUUGGGAAUAGAUCAAAAGCAAGAGAUGUAUGGGCUUUGGGAAUUAUAGCUUUAGAAUUAUUAAUGAAUGAGCAUCCAUUUAUUAAAAAUGUUAAAGAAAUUUCAAUUAGAAAAAUAAUGAUGAAGAUAAAUAGUUUAAAUAAUUAACAAAUUGAAUAAAUGUUAAAUAAUUUAAAUAAAGAUUUAAAGCAAUUAAUUUCUGGGAUGAUUUGUAUUGAUCCCCANUUUAAUUAAAAAUUAAUAAUUUUUAGACACAAUUUCUAAAAAAAUUGA